AUGUCUUCCAAUCAGCGAUCGACGCUGGAAGAAAGUCCAGAAGAAAAAACCAAGCACGAAUAUGAGUCGCGUCGGUCUGAGGACAAUGAAUACGACAGUGAUGAAGAUACGGACGAGGCUAGCGAGACGGAGUCAGGAUCGUCGACGAACCAGCGCACGAUAGACGAACAAAGGGAGUUAAAGGAGCAGAUAUACCGGGAAAAACUAGCUGACCUCAUGCAUGAGAUGGAGCUGUUGAAGAUGAGAAAGCACCCCGAUUACCUGCGCCGCGUCGAGACACUAACGGUGGAACUAGAAGACCGUUUGAUGCUCAACGAAUUGCACCGAGACCACCAGCUCCAGUGGGCCCAACGAGAAUACGAGAAAGAUAUUGUGGAGGCCGAAAAGGAGUUUCAGGAAGAAGAAGCGAAGCUCAAAGAAAGGUUGAUUGCCAAGUGUGAGAAUGACAAGAAGCUGUUUUUGCGAGAGUUUGCCGCGAUGAAAUUGCGGUCGAAGCGCCUCGAUGGCGACUCGAUCGAUGUUGAGCCCGUUACGCGAAAAUUGCGUUCUGAUUGGAAGGAGCCGCUUCCGGUGCCAGAGAAGCGGCGCAAACUGGCCCCCAGAAAGCUCGUUUUUCUGCUCGACAAAAAGGAGAUCGAACAUGACCUGGAGCUCGUAUUUGGUGGCAAACCGCCCCAUUCCGGGAGUUCGCAGCAGUAUGAUAUAAACGAAGGUGCUUCGACCAGUAGCGGUGGUCUAAGUGGAGUUGAGCCGGUCACGCGAAAAUUGCGUUCUCAUUCAAAGAAGCCGCUUCCGGACCUGAAGCAAUAUGAUAUAAACGAAGGUGCUUCGACCAGUAGCGGUGGUCCAAGUGGAGUUAAUCCUUCUACACCGCCCCGUUCCGGGAGAUCGCGGCAAAAUGGUAUAAACGAAGGUGCUUCGACUAGUACCGGUGCAGGUGCAAGUGGAAAUAAUCCUUCCACGUCGGCGCACAGCUCGGGUUUAAACUCUGGCGGUUUGGGUUAUGCCACUGGUCAAUCGUAUUCCAAUCUGAAUGGAGCUUUAACAUCAGGUGCACGCAGAUCUCGAACAAACCAAAGCUACAAUAGACAGCCAUCCAGCUCUCGAAAACCGUCGCAUUCACUCUUGCGGCAGCAACGUUUGAGUGUGGCACGCAUCGAGGAUGCGAUUGGCGCCGAUGACAUUUGGGUGAAGAAACCAUCAGACGGCAAAAAGGUGUGCAUCUUCCUUUCGCACCUGCGCCAAGGAAAAGUUUCGAUUAAGCGACGUGGCAACUAA